AUGACGGCUUCGGCGGGAAACUCCUCCACAGAGGGCGACGCGCGCGAGGAGCCUUCUGCACCCUUCCUCGACCGCGACCGGGAGUUUCACAUCAUUCUCUGGGGUGCGACUGGCUUCGCAGGACGCUUUGCGGCGGAGUACCUUGCGCGGCGAUACUUUACCUGCGAAGAGCCGGUGCUGCCAGCUGCGUUCUGUGGAGCGCAGAAAACCCGCAAAAAGCCGAAAAGGGUGGGCGACGGAGGUCGCGCGUCAGUGCCGUCGCUCGUCUCUCCCAUGCAUUCGCCAGCCAUUACAGCCGGGGAGCACAAGCCGGAUUUUGCGCUGCUCAGAAACCGCGAAGAAAACAAAAAACGGAGAGAGGCAAGCGGACGCGGGCAGGAACAAAGACUGAGCGACUCACAGCAGAGAGAUGGCGCGAGCCGAAGAAAGGACGAAGAGGAAAAAAGAGCGACGACAACAGGCGAAAGCGGAGCUAGGGGGCAGACACUCGAAACGAGGGUUGAGUAUCGCACAAUCGACACGCAGGCAUACGCAGAAACCGCGGCCGCCAGCGUGCCACAGCGUGAAGCUGCGAAAUCGCAGGAAGACGAAGCGCGAGAGGGGGGGAAGGCGAGCGAGGGAGAGAACGUCAGCGGGGAGUCAGGCCGCGCCAAGCAGCGAGAAGAGGAGGGAAAGCAGGCGAAGGGAGGAACAAGUCGCAAACCAAAAGCGGGCGAGGAGGCGUCAGAUAUGCCACAAGAAAACGGUAGCGGCGGAGGACGGAGAAAGGGAGGAAGCAGGGAGCCUCGCGAAGGGCAAGAAGUUUUGAAGAAGGAAAACAGGCAUCGAUCGAGAGAAAAGCAGAACGGAAGCCGAGGAGAGAGAGAUGAGUGGAAACUUGUGAAAGAGAGAGGAGAACGAGGCACGGAGAGCAAAGACCUCGGCGUACACGAUGCGGAACCGCGCAGAGAGGGAGACUCCAUCCAGGAGGCCCAACCCUCGGACGGUCGCGCCAAGGAGGACAUCGGCGUGGAGACAGACGCAGACGACGAGGAGAGCUCAGCGGCUUGCGUUCUCCCGCAGGCCCUCACGCUUCCGUAUGCGAGCCGGCGGAGGGAGCACCCUGAAGUUCGCUUUGCCUUCGCAGGGCGUUCGAUGCUGCGCCUGCGCAAGCUGCGCUCCAGCCUCGCAGAUCGCUUGGGCAAGAACUGCAUGAACAUUGACCUCCUCGAGGCAGACAGCUUGAAUGAGAAAGAGAUGGAGACACUCUGCAAGAGGGCGCGCGUCGUCCUCAGCGCCUGCGGCCCGUACAAAUUAUGCGGCGAGGCCCUCGUGAAAGCUUGUCUCGCGGCGAAAACGCACUAUUGCGACAUCUCGGCAGAGGUUUCCUACGUAGCCGAUAUGGCCUUCAAGUACGGGCAGGAAGCUGCCGCUCGCGGUCUGAAGUUCGUCUCCUUCUGCGGAGUUGACUCCCUCCCAAGCGACCUCGCGGUGCUCCUUAUCCAGCGAGAGGCUCUCAAGCGAAGAAAAAUUCCGUGCCAUGAGAUAAAAACCGCGGUCACCGACUGCUUUGGGGGAUUCUCCGGCGGCACAGUCAUGGGCCUGGGGCACAUCUUCGAGGAGGGAGCAGUUUUCGAUCCCUUCUUCCUCGUCAAGUACGCGACCCCGUCGCCGCCGACCCACCUCGACUUGUCAGCCUUCUCCAAGCCCCAGAUCUUCCUGGCGAGGUACGACGAAAACUUCGGCUACUGCGCCUACAAUGUGAUGGCGCCAAUUAACGAAAACGUAGUCCGCUUCUCCACGGUACUCCAGGGUCUCUAUCCGGUGUCGCCCGCUCUCGGUUUCGGCGACUAUCCUGCGGCGAAAGAUCUCUUCAAGUCUGAUGCGGCUCCAACCGCAGCGCCUUGUCCGUCUUCUUCGCAGCGGCCAGCGCCGGCUGGGGCUCCUCCUGCGCGCGACAGGGACGGCAGGGAGAAAACGUCAGAGGCUUCGGGGUCCUCUCCUGAAUCAGCGUCCGCGUCCGCUCGUUCAUCUUCCUCUUCUUCCCCUCCUUCGUGCAGACUUGCGCAGCCUGGCGCCGGAGGGCUUGCGUCUUCACCGUGCUGGCCAUACCCCUCCUUCCUCCACUACUCCGAGUCCGUCGCGCUCGGCUACGAUAUUAUCUCUGCUUCUGUUGUGUCUAUUGUCACCUUCGUCCUCAUGUUCCUUGUCACCUUCUCCCUCACCCGAGUGCUCCUGACAACUUUCCGCUUCUUUCCCAGACCCGGCGAAGGCCCGCCGCGCCAAUUUCUUGACAAAGGGCACUUUGAGAUCAAAGUGAUCGGUCGCGUGCGUCCGCUAACCAUUGUUCCCUCCCCCGACGAAAACGAGGACAUCGAGCUGGAGGAAGGCGACAGCGCACCAGCCGCGGAGGACGAUGAGGAAGCCGAAGAAGAUGUCGAGCGCCGGCGCUAUAACCACCUUCACCAUCACCACAAAGAAACCGUUAUAACAGUCACGAUUGGCUCGUCGCUCGGAGAUCCCGGUUACAAAGAAACGGGCAGAAUGCUCGUUGAAACUGGACUUGCUAUCGCCCUUCAGCUCAACGCAUGCACCGACCUCUGCGGUGUAUGUACACCUGCAUCGGGAGUUGGCGUCGUCCUCAAAGACCGGCUGGUGAAAGCAGGAAUGUCUAUCGAACUGAAGUCGAAACAGUUUUAA